UAACAUAAUUGACAAAGCGCAGCCGGGCGAUCAACAACAUAUUUCGUCCUCCUUCUCCUCUAUUCAUUUUACCCUGUCUCUGGUCUUCCGAGCACUUCGAAAUGGCGCAGGAGUUCGUGCAGGCCAAAAUCAAAGGGGACAAGGUGGUGCUCUUCAUGAAGCCCACGUGCUCCUACUGCAUCAAGGCCAAAGACGUUUUGUCAAAAUACAAAUUCAAGCCUGGACAUUUGGAGUACAUUGACAUCAGUGGGCGCAGCGACAUGGACUCCAUGCAGGACUAUUUCCUGGAGCUGACGGGAGCCCGCACGGUACCACGGGUGUUCAUCGGUGAGGAGUGUGUCGGGGGCGGCAGCGAUGUGGCGGCUCUGGAGGACAGUGGUAAACUGAAGGGCAUGCUGCAGUCCAUCGGAGCCCUGCAGUGACCUGCUGCAGACCCGCUGGUUUUUUGGCAUCCAGGUGAGGUCACAUGACUAUGCAGCGGGACUUGCGGAGCUUGCGUCGCCGCUGCUGGUACUCGCUGAGCUCCUGCAGGUAGCCUCUGGAUGGCCAGCGUAGCCUCUCCACCUGCUCACGCUCCUCCUCUGGAACACACACACACACACAUAUAUAUAUCGUAACUGUAAUCAAACACAUUAUGGAAAUGUCUUGAUGAUAAAACCACUGCAGCAGGAUUUACUGUACUUGGCACACCCUCCUCACGCAGACACAUUCAGUAGUUACCUCUCUGGAUCGUCGCCAACAAGCCUGAAAUAUCCGAUCAGAUUUUGUUCACACUGACAAGCGGCAGAAUAUCGACGGUGAUUAAUCGUGCUGUCUAUUUAUUCUGGCCUUUGACUUUCCUUUGUGCCCUUCAGUACCCGUCCAGCGACCUUAAAAUGAUUUCUGUGUGUGCGUCUAAUGAAGACAAUAAAAACGUGCUUCUGCUUCUAACCACA